AUGAAGAGAGGACGUGGUGCUGCAGGUGGUGCCAAAAUGCGCAUAACUCUUGGUUUGAAUGUUGGAGCUCUAAUAAAUUGUUGUGAUAAUAGUGGUGGCAAGAAUCUGUAUAUUAUUGCUGUCAAGGGAACAGGCUCAUGUUUAAAUCGUCUACCAGCUGCAUCCAUUGGAGAUAUGGUUCUAGCUACUGUUAAAAAAGGAAAGCCAGACUUACGUAAAAAGGUAUGGCCAGCAGUUGUGGUACGUCAGCGCAAGGCAUUUAGAAGGCCAGAAGGCACUUUUAUCUACUUCGAGGAUAAUGCAGGAGUUAUUGUUAAUCCAAAGGGAGAAAUGAAAGGUUCAGCUAUUACUGGUCCAGUAGGUAAGGAAUGUGCUGAACUGUGGCCAAAGAUCUCAGCAGCUGCGCCAUCAAUUGUGUAG